GAAAGGACGUGCACGCAGAGAAAAGCUAGGUCAAUGUUUUUAGAAAGCGCAUAUGCUUUAAAUAGAUCCACAGAAAACCCACGAGACGUCACGGAGAAGCACUGAUCAGCAUACCUGUACACUUCCUGUGCUCGCUGCUUUUAAAGGAUCAACAAUAUUCUGCUGCAGAGGAUCUAAUGCUACAGGAAGCCUGAAAACAACAAUGCACAAGCAGUGAGCGCCCAUCUGAUUGACAGUCGAUCAGCAGUGUGGUUUAACAAGUCCUGUCACUUUCUAUUUGACGUGUGCAUGUUUUGGACUGUCAGCCGGAGGGACUAUUUUAAAACCGGCGGACUGUUUUUUAUGUUCUUCACGCGAAUGCACGAAUCAGACUGUCAGGCUGGCCUUUCCUGUUUUAUUUACAGUAUUUGGUUGAAAUGGUAGCCAACUGCUUACUUGAACACAGCCGGGUGAAAUAGCGUUGCACUGGCCGACAGACACCUCGAUCUGAGCCGGGGCUGUGCGUGGGAUAAAGCCGCUGAACACUGAUGGCCACAUCGUGCCGAUAACAACCGAUUCGAGCUAAAAUUCCCGCGCCUAAGAUCUGAGAAAUGAGCUUGUCUCCUUUCCUCUGAUGCACUCGAGCUAAGGGCCGUCCUGGUGGAUUUGCCCCUGACCCAGCGGAGCGUUUCCAGCCCACCCCUGCUCCACGCCCAUCAUGCUGAUCAAAGAGUACCGUAUCCCCAUGCCCAUGAGCGUGGAGGAGUACCGCAUCGCUCAGCUCUACAUGAUUCAGAAAAAGAGUCGUGAAGAGAGCGAAGGCGAGGGCAGCGGGGUGGAGAUCCUGGAGAACCGACCAUAUAAAGAUGGGCCGGGCGGCUCUGGUCAGUACACACAUAAGGUCUACCACAUCGGCCAACACAUUCCCAGCUGGUUCCGUUCAAUCUUGCCUAAAGCUGCUCUUCGUGUGGAGGAGGAAUCCUGGAACGCCUACCCUUACACCCGCACACGCUACACAUGUCCCUUUGUUGAAAAGUUUUCCAUCGAUAUUGAGACGUACUACAAGCCUGACACAGGUACCCACAAUGAUGUCUUCAACAUGUCCUCUAACGAGAAGAGACAACGGGACAUAGACCCCAUUGACAUUGUGAAAGAUUUCAUUGGCCCUCAUGAGUACCUUGCCGAGGAGGAUCCUAAACUCUUCAAGUCUGUAAAAACCCAGCGGGGCCCCCUGUCCGACGACUGGAUCUUGGAAAUCAGCAACAACCCAGGCACAAUGCCCGUCAUGUGCGCUUACAAGUUGUGCAAAGUGGAGUUCCGUUACUGGGGCAUGCAGUCUAAGAUUGAACGCUUCAUUCACGACGUGGGGUUGAGGAAGGUGAUGGUCCGUGCCCAUCGACAGGCAUGGUGCUGGCAGGAUGAGUGGUACGGUUUAACCAUGGAGGACAUCCGGCAACUUGAGCUGGAGACCCAGCUGGCCCUUGCACAGAAGAUGGCACAGUACAGCUGCAAUGAAGAGAGCGGCGAGAACAAUGGCACGGUUACCAACCCUGAGAAAGAGCUCGAAAACAAAGAGGCCAUCAGCUCCAUCGAGGCAGAUGGUACGGUGAGGAGCAAAGGGGACACUCUACAGGCGCGAGGAGAGCUGACCAAGCAGUGGUCCACCUCCUCCAGAUCUUCACGCUCCUCCAAGAGGGGUGGAAGCCCUUCAUGCCACAGCAUUUCUGAAUGGCGCAUGCAGAGCAUCGCUAGAGACUCUGAGGACAGCACAGAUGACGAGUUCUUUGAUGCUCACGAGGACCUUUCUGACAACGAGGACAUCUUUGCCAAGGAGAUCACGAAAUGGAGCUCUAACGACCUGAUGGAUAAAAUCGAGACAGCGGAGGAAGCCCAGGGUGACUUGUAUCAAGAAUCUGGGGUGGAGUUUUCUGGGACGGCCAGCGUGGACUGCCUCAAUGAGGAUUGCUCGUCACAGCAGUGUUUACAACCCUCCAAAAUCCACGUCCUCAUCCUUGUCCUGCAUGGUGGAAACAUCCUAGACACGGGCAUCGGUGACCAGAACGGCAAGCAGUGUGAUGUCAACACCAUCAGCACCGCGUUUGAUGCUGUGAUGAGGGUUCAUUAUCCAAACGCUUUGAGCCGCAUUGCCAUUCGCAUGGUGCCGUGUCCGGCGGUGUGUGUGGAGGCUUUCUCUCUGGUCUCAAAUUUGAGUCCGUACAGCUAUGAUGAGGGCUGUUUGUCCAACAGUCAGGAUCACAUCCCUCUGGCCGCCCUGCCCCUAUUGGCCACCUCUGCGCCACAGUACCAAGACGCCGUGGCUACGGUCAUAGUGCGAGCCAAUCAGGUCUACGGUGACUUCAUCAAAUCCCUGGAGGGGGCCACUUUCACAGGCCAAGUGUGUCUGAUUGGUGACUGUGUUGGAGGGAUUCUGGGAUUUGAUGCUCUCUGUAGCAGUAACAUUACAGUGUCAGAGAGUCAGAACAGCAGCCGACGGGGCAGUAUAGUCAGCGUACAGGACAACGAUUUGUUAUCACCAGGGAUCAUAAUUAACAGCACUCACUGCUCAGGAUCAGGUUCAGGAUUGUCUCUGGAGGGCAGCCGUCAUCUCAGUCGCAGUAAUAUAGACAUUCCACGCUGCAGCGGCCCUGAUGACCCCAAAAAACAGCUGCCACGAAAACGCAGCGACUCUUCAACUUACGAGCUGGACACCAUCAAACAGCACCAGGCCUUCCUGACCAGUCUGCACUCCAGCGUUUUGCGGAACGAUCCGGGAUCGCGGCGGUCCAGCGGCAGUACCAUGCUGGAGGGUGGCGGCGCUCUGGGCAAGUUCGACUUUGAAGUGGCUGACUUCUUCCUCUUUGGCUCUCCGCUGGGUCUGGUCCUUGCGCUGAGGAAGACUGUGGUUCCUUCUCUAGAUGUGGCUCAUCUCCGUCCAGCGUGCCAGCAGGUGUACAACUUGUUCCACCCCGCGGACCCCUCUGCCUCACGCCUGGAGCCCCUGCUGGAGAAGCGUUUUCACCUGCUGCCUCCGCUCAGUGUGCCCCGCUACCAGCGCUUCCCCCUCGGGGACGGCCAGUCAGCCCUGUUGGUGGAAACCAUCCAGAGUUCCCCUCACCUCCUGUUGGAGAGUGGGAGCUGUGCCGCCCAGCGCUGUCAGGAUGGCAUCAGUGAGACUUCCAUUCCCGUCCCUGUGCUCAACUGGCAGACCAUGCCGGCCCCAGCCGAGUCUGAUGUGAUGCACUCUCACGGCAUUAUGUUUUCGGAACACUCCAAUCCUUCAUCUCCAGCAUCAGCUCCAGCCUUCCGCGGGGCUCGGAGAUCCAGUGAGACCAGCAUCGCCAGCCAGGUGUCGGGAUUAGCGGACACAUACACUGCCUCCAACAUCGCCAACACAUGGCAACUUAGUCUCUCCAAAAAGCUCAGUCUUUUGUCCCAAUUGGCCCGCCCCUAUAAUAAAAACGGCUCCCAAAGUCCCUCCCCCAAAUCCUGCAGCAAAGUGCAAAAUAGGCAGCAGGUAGAAUCACAGGAUUGCAGCUGUUUGGAUGAUUCAGAGCAGAGCAACUCUCUAGGAUUUGAGCCCUCCCCCACGCUCGGCUCAGACCCACCAUCACCAUGUGUCCCGCUGGACAUCGAGCAAGUCGCGUCUCGUUGGUGGGGCACUAAGCGCAUUGAUUUUGCGCUAUAUUGUCCUGAUGCCCUCACUGCGUUCCCUACCGUGGCUCUACCUCACCUGUUCCACGCCUCCUAUUGGGAAUCGACUGACGUUGUGUCUUUCCUGCUACGACAGGUCAUGAGGCAUGAGAACUCUAGUAUUUUGGAACUCGAUGGGAAGGAGGUGUCAGAAUUCACUCCGUCCAAACCACGGGAGAAGUGGAUAAGGAAGAGGACCCACGUGAAGAUCAGGAAUGUUACAGCAAACCAUCGUGUGAAUGAUGCCGUGUUCACGGAGGAUGGCUCUCAGGUGGUCACAGGUCGCUUCAUGUAUGGACCCCUGGAUAUGGUCACACUGACAGGAGAGAAGGUGGACAUCCAUAUCAUGACGCAGCCUCCGUCUGGUGAGUGGGUAUACUUUGACACAGAACUGACCAAUAGCAGUGGCCGAAUCUCCUACGUGAUUCCUGAGAGUAAACGGUUGGGAAUUGGAGUGUAUCCUGUCAAAAUGGUGGUCAGGGGCGACCACACAUCUGCGGACAGUUACCUGACCGUGUUGCCCCAUGGCACUGAGUUUGUCGUGUUCAGCAUUGAUGGCUCUUUUGCCGCUAGCGUGUCCAUCAUGGGCAGUGACCCUAAAGUGCGUGCAGGAGCAGUUGACGUGGUCCGACAUUGGCAGGACCUGGGCUACUUGAUUGUGUAUGUGACGGGACGUCCAGACAUGCAGAAGCAGCGUGUGGUGGCCUGGCUUUCACAGCACAACUUCCCUCAUGGAAUCGUGUCCUUCUGUGAUGGUCUGGUACACGACCCACUCCGACACAAAGCCAACUUCCUCAAGUAUCUCAUCACAGAGGCACAAAUGAAGAUAUUUGCUGCUUAUGGUUCUACUAAAGACAUCUCAGUGUACACGUCACUGGGCCUGCCUCCAUCACAGAUCUACAUUGUGGGGAGACUGACCAAGAAGAUGCAACAUCAGUGUCAGUUCAUCGCCGAUGGCUAUGCAUCUCACCUGUCCCAGCUGGAGUACAAUCAGAGGUCGAGACCCGCUAAGACCGGCAGUGCUCGCAUGGUCCUACGGAAAGGCAGUUUUGGACUGGGCGGCAACGGCGAGUUCCUGCGAAAGCGCAAUCACCUGCUGCGCACCAUCUCCUCGCAACCCACCUCCUCCACGCCGGUUGUGCAAGUGGGCCGUCCCGAACGUGCCCAGAGCCAAUCCGAAUGUGACCGAGAGCGGGCAGAGCGUGCUCAGAGAAGCAUGAGCAUUGCUGCGGGCUGCUGGGGCCGGACCAGCAAACUCGAGGGCGGAGCUCUGAGCCCUAAAUAGGCUCCCCCACCGGGUCCAAGUUCUGAGGGAAUGGAAGGCACUCCAUAUGGCACAAAAACAUGUACGUGGCCUGUAAAAUUGGGAGACGGACCCUGUAACGUAGGGGCAAACGUUAUCUCACGGUAAUACAACAAACUCUGUGAUAAAACCUCACCACCGCAUUACUAUUGUUGCAUGAGAGUCAUUUGGGAAAAGAAGAUUUUUAUUUUAUAAAUUUUUUUUGUCCGGCAGCCAAACAUUUUAACGUCAACAAAUUCUAGCACCUUAAGCAUCGCUCUGGGUCAUGGCCCUCGCUUCUGACUUGAUUGAAUGUACUGUUUGCACGGGAGACAAAUCAUUGGGUGGGUUUGGACUCUUCCCCUUCCCCCGUCAUCAAGGAACAUCCAGGAAGUUCUCCUCAAUUUCCCGUUUGGCAUCGACAGAGUGUCCCUCACAUGUAUAUACGUGCCUCCUCUUACCUGCUCAGGGCAGCCAUGAAUUAGAGGAGCUUAGAAGACCCAGAGGCCAUUUCACUUACGGUUUAUUCAUUUUCGCUCUUUAUCUCUCGCCCGAUCUUGGUGACAUCUCAAGUCAAAACCCAGCAGCAUUUGGCAAUAAGGAUCGAACCCCAUCACACUUGGUCUGCAGGUCGUCAGAGGCCUUAAUUUUGUUUUCAGAGUAUGAAUGGAGAGCAGUAUCACUCUUAAGUCCUCAAAAGGAGCAACUAUCCCUUUACAAGGCCAUCUACUUGCAAUACCUCUGAGGGCACCUUUUCUCAAACAAGAUGCUCUCGACAUGGGCUGCUGGGUCACGUUCUGCAUUUCUUUAUUUCUGAGCCACCAAACAACAAUCGUAAGCACACGUGCAAUUUCAUGUCACAUCUGAUCUGCUGUAAAAACGUUCCCGCUGUUUCUUAAGACUUGGAGAAAAGCUCGCAAUCCCCCAUGAGGACAGGCUGCACAGCUUGCUGUAUUUGCAUGGUCUAACGAUAAGCUGAGAUGACAACGGGCAAUUUUUUGGCCGAACCGGGCAAGAUUUCUCUGUCAGAAUCAGAGACCAAAUUCACACUUUCUCAACUGUUUCCUCUUGAACUUUGCACUCAUUUCCGGUUGAUCGGGGAGUGAUGAAUCGAUCGCUCACUCGAUACCGCCGAUGGCCAAAAUGAAUUCAUGUCGAAAGCUGUAGUUCUGCAACUGCAUAACCUCAUUGUUAUUUUGCACUAGUGGAAAAGAGGAGGUUCUUGUUACCAUCUCAUGUCGCUACAUAACGUUUACAUGUAGUACAUGACCCUUAUUAUUUAUGGCAGGGUAUUUGUGCGUAUAUGCACGAUUAUAGAGUUCUCCGAUGUAUAGGAAACAAAAUAACGCAAGAGAAAUGUGCCAAAACCAGAACUCAAAUACGUAUAACAUUUCUAAUGUAUUGUAGCAACGUUUCCAGAGCGUUUGAGCGGUUGCAAUGGGACAUGUAUAAUGUUUUUAAGAUUUUAGAUCAUUUUAGAUCAACUUAAGUCCUUUAAAGUUUAGUAAUUUAUGAUAUUGUUCAUAUGUAAGUGAUUGAGGUAUAUAGAAAUUGUGCUUUUUUUAUUUUACGAUUUUAGAUCGGACAGCAUGACAAAGUCGCUUCAGUCGGGUGGAGUCGUGAACCGCACGCGGUUUGUUUAUAUAUCAUGUCAUGAACACACUGGAAUAGCCAUGCUGCAUGUGUGGACAUAUGCGCUAAGGAUUUCAAAUCAAGCUUUAUGUUAGAUUGUAUCAACUGGGAGGUUUCGAACACAGCCGACGGUUUUCGGCCCCAGUUUUCGCUGUUCAUCUGGAGUGUAUGUUAUAAUCUGUGGUCCGAAUGGGACGUAAAACAGUGUAGAUAUUGUAAAGAUACUGUAAAGAAAUUUCACUAUAUAGGACAUGUUACAGUCAGAAUUUAUUUAUUUCUGUAGCUUCAUAAAAUUAUGGUUAUUUCAGGUUUGACUAUUUCAUAUGUUGCUUUUAUUUUUGUCUGACAGUUCUAAAAAGAUUAUUUUAAGGACCAAUGAUGUGUCUCAGUGUGCAUAAUUGUUGACAGUGUUUCUGUAGCCAAAUUCUAGAGGACGCACCACACGGACAAUCAAGUCUGUUCAGCAAACAAACUGGCAAGGAGCACACACACACAUAUGUACAAACAAAUGCUUAAUUUCUUAUUCAGCAGACAUUCUUGACAACUCGUACUCUGGAAAAUGGUUUAUCGCAUUGAUGCACUGGGAGUCAAAAUGUCCACGUAUUGUGAAUUGGUUUGUAACGGUCUCAUUAAUGUUGUUACAUUUAUCUGUGAUAAAUAUGCUCCAAACUACUUGGUUUUAAUUGGUGCUGAACAAGAUUUGCCAUUCCCACUUAAAAAGAAAAAAAAGUUGCUUUUAAAUUUGCAUUUGGACUGGCAUUGCUAGUCUUAGUAGGUAAUGUUCAGACGUUUUAUUGCGUCUAGUUGUCUCUAGACAUCAGGGGGUCUCUGUGGAAAUGUUCUAAAAUGUUACUGACAUCUGAAAAAUUGUAUGAGUGAAAUCUAGGUCACCUUUGUUGGUUUAUUAUGUUAAAGAAAUAACAAUUUGAAUGUUAGUCACUAAACAAAUUCUCAGUCUGGAAAUUGCGAUUUUUCCAUCAUACUGUUCCACAUUCACUCACAUCAACAACUUCUACAACCUACUGCAGUUUUUCAAAUCUGGCUAUUUUUCAGGAGUGCUGAGCAAGUUGAUGUGCGCCAUCCGCUUAAUUGAGAUUCCAAUAUUCAGUCAUCGCAGGGAGUCAUAUGAAAGUUUGUGCCACAAUUCUGAACUCUUUUUACACAGUAAACAUGUAUUUAAACAUACGUGGUCUCACUUGUAGGCCAAUGUACGAUUAUUAUAUCCACAGAUUAAACUGAUUAUAGCCACUUUUGUACUUUGCAUGUCACAGGAAAAGCUUUCGUACGGUUUCCUGUAUUCAGUAAUGAGCCACAAAUACAUACCUCCAGUUUAUCAAUGCAAAUAUGCUGUUGUCUGUAUAGAGCAGAUCAUAUCAAAUGUUACUUCCAAAUAUUUAAAUGAUCUUAAAAAGUGUUAAGGCAAAACUUAGUAAAUCUCAAACCAUAUUUUGAAAGGAAUAUUCCGGGUUCAAUACAAGUCAAGCUAACACAGCACUUGUGGCAUACUGUUGCUUACCACAGAAAUGUCAAAAACAUUGUCCCUCUUUGAAAAAAGGCAAUGUCAAAGUCAAUGGGGCCAGUCAGUAAUCAUUAAAAUACUCACCUUUUUAAAUAUAUCGCCACAAGACGUAAACAAUAUGUGUGUUAACAUGAUUACAGUGUGAUAAAAUAGUUAACCAACAUUUUCUGUGUGUUAUAUCCAAUUUUACAACUUUGUUGCCAUAACGACUUGACAUUUUAAACCCUGACUGUAAAAAUGACGUUUUAACCAACUUUACAGCUCAAACAAUACACAAGUUUUAACAGAAUUAAUGCAAGUGCUUUUAUAAAAUGAUACGCUUGACAUUUCUACCUUUAAAACCUCCAAAAAUUGUCCCCAUUCACUUCCAUUGUAAGUGCCUCACUGUAACCUCAGGAGGGACGAGUCGAAAUUAAAUUCUCAUUUUUCCACAAAUGCUGUUGAUUAAGCUUAACCUGAAAUAUUCCUUUAAAUAUUGAGAUCAAAUUUUAAGAAAUGUAAUUAUGGCUAUAAUAUAUCAGACAGUGCAAAGACCAGAAAUACUGUUACAAAUGAGAAUUUACAGCAUUUUUGACAUAGCAGUAGACACAUUAUUUACAAUUGUGUUUCAGGUUUAACAUGUUCCUAUUGGAUGAAAUAAAUGUGGUGUAAUAUUCCUAAACUAUUGUCAUCUGUUACCGAUUCCUUUUUUCUUUUGUUGCCAAACGUUGAGUUUGCUGUGUCAAACACUUACAGUGGAAGAGAAGGCUUUUCUGACACCUUUGGAUUAUGAGUGAAAGCUGCAGGUUUAUUUUACACUGUUGAAGUGCUGAUCUGGACUGAAUCCCUCCUUUACAGUUUUCUUACCAGGCCGGUGGUUCAGUGCUCUCAUAUGUAUAAUUGUAUGUACUGUGGAUUAAAUGCAGUUGGACAA